CCAUCUUCCAGUUACUAGCUUCAACCAUCACAAUGACGCUUGAAGAUUUCGAGAAAUCGCUGGCGGAGGAUCAACAACGCAGACACGAGAGGAGUGACAGGGACAAGCAUCGCCAUCGGGACCGCGACCGCGACCGCAGCCGAGAGCGCUCGAAACACCACCGCCGUCACCGUUCAUCCCGGUCGAGGGAGCGCGACCACGAGCGACGUCGAGAGUCACGACGCAGUGAAGACAGUGGACACCGUCAUAAGCGAUCGCGCCACUCGGAACACGGGGAUGAUCGCGACCAUGCACACAAGCGUCGACACCGCGACAGCAGAGACGAGGAAGCGGAAGCGCCUGCUCCGAAGGAAGUCGUUCAAGAAGAACCUACACGCUUGAAGAGGGAUGCCUGGAUGGAGGGGCCGUCAGGUCUAGAUAUUGACUACGUUCAGCGACGCAAUACGACGCGUUUGGAGGAGGAGCCGAAGCCGAAGAUGCUCCAAGCGGACUUUGAGCUCAAAAUUCACAGCAAGGAGCUCAAUACCCAUCUACGUGAUUUGAAGGAUGGCAAAGCUCUUGAAGAAGUUGAGGAGGAGCCAGCACAACAUGAGGUCGAUUAUACUUUUGGGGACGCCGGUUCGCAGUGGAGAAUGACCCGACUAAAGGCCGUCUACAGGGAGGCAGAGGAGACCGGAAAGUCCGUCGAGGAGGUUGCGUUGAACCGCUUUGGGGAUAUACGCUCGUUUGAUGAUGCACGAGAGGAAGAAGCCGAACUGGAUCGCCGUGACAGAUACGGCGAAGGCUACGUGGGCAAGGAGAAGCCCACGGGUGAACUGUUUCAGGAGAGGAAGCUUGAGGAGAAUGUCCACCGCGAUCCCCAUGAGCAUGUUCGCAGUCCAAGCAAGGAACUUGAUGCCCAGGGUCAAGGCAAGCCGGUGGAAACUGUGCCGCCACAAAACACCACUCAACACCUGGAUCUGACGGCACUCAACCGACUGAAGGCACAGAUGAUGAAGGCCAAGAUCAGGGGUGCGCCAGAUGCAGCAGAGCUCGAAGAGCGCUACAACGCGGCCGCGGCGGCCAUGUCCAACCGGAAGGAGUCCGAUGUGGUGGUGCUCGGCGUGAUGGAGAACCGAAUGCUGGCUGGCACCCGCAACGAGGUCAAGGCGGUCGACAACCGCCGCGGCCGUGAGCGUGGCAAGGUGGAGGAGAACGACGAAAUGACUAUCGAGGAUAUGGUCCAGGAAGAACGACGGACCCGGGGACAGUUUGGAGGCGACGGACGCCGGAUGGCAGAGAGAAUCGCCAAGGAUGCCAAGUUUGAGAAUGACCUGGAAUACAUGGACGACAAUGCCUCCAAGCUAGCGAAGCGGGUGCACCGAUCCGAGAUCGACAUCAAGAACAUCACCAUCAACGAGCUGCAGAAGAUGAACCGUAUCCUCGAUAAUUGCCCCCUCUGCCACCAUGAGGACACGAACACGCCUCCUAUUGCACCCGUGGUGUCUUUGGCGACUCGGGUCUACCUCUCUCUUCCCACCGAGCCCGAGCUCAACGAGAGCUGUGCCACGAUUGUUCCUAUCCAGCAUCGGACGAAUCUGCUCGAAUGCGAUGAUGACGAGUGGGAGGAGAUUCGGAACUUUAUGAAGAGUCUGACGCGUAUGUACCACGACCAGGGCCGCGACGUUAUUUUCUACGAGAACGCAGCGCAGCCCCAUCGGAAGAGGCACGCGGCGAUGGAGGUGGUGCCGCUGCCAUACAGCCUUGGAGAGACAUCUCCAGCGUUCUUCAAGGAGGCGAUCCUAUCGUCGGACGCAGAGUGGUCGCAGCACCGGAAGCUGAUCGACACACUAGCCAAGUCGAAGCAGGGGAUGGGCCGGAGCGCGUUCCGGAGAUCGAUUGCCAAGGAGAUGCCGUACUUCCAUGUGUGGUUCCAGCUGGACGGGGGGCUGGGCCAUGUAGUGGAGGACGAGAACCGAUGGCCGAAAGGAGAUCUUUUCGCCCGAGAAGUGCUGGGCGGCAUGCUGGAUGUGGCGCCGGAUGUCAUCAAGCGGCAGGGCCGCUGGCAGCGCGGGGGCGAUCGGCGUGUGCCAGUCUUCCAGAAGCGCUGGAGAAAGUUUGAUUGGACACGGGUGUUGGUGGAGGGAUGAGAUUCCUCAUUAUUCUAGUCACGCACGUAUUUGUAUGACUCACUUGGUUGAACUAUAUCCAAUGCAGUAGUAAGAUGCCUCUGUAUAGAUUGCCCGCACCAACCGGAGCUGAAGCCGAGGGGUUUCAACAUCACAACGAUAUCGGAAGCGGGGCCGUGG